AUGUGGCUUUCUCGAAUUCAAGCUCUGCAACGUCACACGUCAAAGCGUAAACAAGCCUGGGGCCGGACACAGCUCCCUUCAAAUAGGCUGGCUCCCGGGGUGCGGCUCAUUCUGCAGCAGGCGGAGCGAGGAACAGGCAGGAUGAAGAAGUUAUUUGUGUUUGCGCUCCUUCUCACCUUCCUGACCUUCUCAGGGGCCUCCCCGAUUCUGAUGGAAAAGGAGGCCAAACAGCUCCUGAGGUCCCGGCGCCAGGACAGGCCGAGCAAACCCGGGUUCCCCGACGAGCCCAUGCGGGAGUACAUGCACCACCUGCUCCGCUUGGAGCACCGCGCCGAGGAGCAGUUCCUGGAGCACUGGCUGAACCCUCACUGCAAGCCCCACUGCGACAGGAACCUGGUCCAUCCCGUGUAAGGGGCUCGGUCCGCUCGGGGAGCCCUUUGACAACAUGGGCCUGGAUAAUGGCGAAACAGGAGGAGGCUCCUUCUUGCAUUUAAUUUUUUCAGCUG